CAACAAAUGGCUCACGUUAGCAUCCUGUGUGGUGGGAGCUAGUUUCAAACUUGUUUCCCGUUAUAGUUUCUACUUGGCUGAGUGAUCCCACGUGUCGACUGGCAGCCGCGAAACCGCCAGGGUGGCAGAUUCGGCAUUCAUGGAGCCGUCCACGAAGCUGGUGUCCGAUGUGGUAUUUGUCAUUGAAGGGACGGCAAACCUUGGACCCUACUUUGAAUCUCUAAGGAAACAUUAUAUACUGCCAGCCAUUGAAUAUUUUAAUGGAGGGCCCCCAGCAGAAACAGAUUUCGGUGGAGACUAUGGAGGGACACAGUACGGCCUCGUGGUGUUCAACACAGUAGACUGCGCGCCUGAGUCCUACGUCCAGUGUCACGCACCAACGAGCUCUGCCUUUGAGUUUGUGUCGUGGAUCGACAGCAUCCAGUUCAUGGGCGGUGGAGCAGAAAGCUGUAGUCUCAUUGCUGAGGGGCUGUCGGUGGCCUUGCAGCUCUUUGAUGACUUUAAGAAGAUGAGAGAGCAAAUAGGUCAAACCCACAAGGUGUGUGUGCUUCUGUGCAACUCUCCUCCGUACCUGCUUCCUGCCGUGGAGAGCAUCAGCUACACCGGCUGCACAGCAGACAACUUGGUCAAAAUCAUCAGAGACAGAGGAAUUCACUUCUCUGUCGUGGCUCCUCGGAAACUGCCGGCUCUGCGGUCUUUGUUUGAGCGUGCGUCUCCGGUAGGCGGGGCGGUUGAACCCCAUGUGGACUACAGUCAGGACCCCUUCCACAUGGUGCUCGUCAGAGGCAUAAUGCUGCCUGUUUCCUCAGUUGGAGGACCUGGGCCGCUCAAGCCCGUCCUCCCUCCUCAGCCACUGCCUGUCAAUCAGCCUCUUGGUGUUCCUUCACAACCCCCCCCACCCAUCAGCACAGCCCACCCGUUUCAGGUAAUGGGCACGCAGCCACAAAACAAUACGGCCCCAUUGACUGCCGCUCAGCUGGCGGCGCAGAUGGCCGUGGAGGCAGCCAGCAACCAGAAGAGUCGCUUCCCGGGAAUAGUCACUCAGGGUCCUCCGUUCACCAGUCAGCCAACUCUCCCAUCAGUCGCCGGAGUGAAGCUCAACCAGCCCAACAUCGCGACCGUCACGACGUCGUCACAGCCCGUGAUACCGCUGCAACAAGUUCCUCCCAAUCAGCCAGUCCUACCCCCAGUGCAGCCAGUACCAAUCCAGCAGCCGCAGAUACCACCUCCGCAGCCAACCACUGUGAGUCAGCCCACAGUGCCUUCAGCACAGCCCAUCAUGCCCAGUGUGUCUGGAUCUCCGAGCGUUGUAAAUCCAAUUGGGCUUCAGCAAGGCGUGGCGAAUAAGAUUGUCGCGUGGACCGGCGUCCUGGAGUGGCAAGAGAAGCCUAAAGCCUCUUCGAUGGAUUCAACCACCAAACUAACGCGUUCUCUGCCGUGUCAAGUGCACGUGAACCAAGGGGAAAACCUAAACACAGACCAGUGGCCACAGAAGCUCAUCAUGCAACUGAUUCCACAGCAACUACUGACAACCUUAGGUCACCUCUUCAGGAACUCUCGAAUGGUGCAGUUUCUCUUCACCAACAAAGACGUGGAGUCGCUGAAAGGCUUGUACCGCAUUAUGGCCAACGGCUUUGCCGGCUGCGUCCACUUCCCUCACACGACGGCUCCCUGCGAAGUGCGGGUGCUGAUGCUGCUCUACUCGUCCAAGAAGAGAAUCUUCAUGGGCCUCAUCCCCAACGACCAGAGCGGCUUCGUCAACGGCAUCCGGCAAGUCAUCACCAACCACAAGCAGGUCCAGCAGCACCGAGCGCAGUUGGGUGGUGCUGGGCCGACGCAGCCGGUUCAGGUCGCCCCCAACCAGAACUUCCUCAACAGGCCCCCCGGCCCCAGUCCCGUCUCCCAUGGCAACGUCCAGCAGCAGUCUGUGGGUGUGGGCAUGCCCCCUGUUAGUCAGGGCUCUGUGAUGGAGGAGCAGCAGAGGCAGAACAAUAUGGUGCCGAUGAGAGCAGCCGGACCGGCCAAUCAACAGUCGCCGGGCGGCAGCGCUCCACCCAGCCAGGUGGCGCAAAGCGGACAAGCCCAGCCCCAGGGUCCCAUCCUCCGCCUCUCAAACCCAGGAGCCAAUCCACAGCUUCGCAGUCUUCUUCUCAGCCAGCAGCAGCCACAGGGGGGCGCGUCUCACAUGUCGGGCGUGUUGUCCCACCAGGGUUUGGGGCAGCAGUCGGUCCAUCCGGCACCAGGAGGCGGGCCUCAGAUGCAGGGCCAGUGGAGGCAGCCCUUGGGAGGUCAGCAAGCACCCCCCCACAAUGGUCAGAUGCUGAUGACUGGAGGUCAGCGAGGCGCCGUCCCUCCGCCAGGGAUGACCCAGGUCUCCAGCGUCAUGGAGGAUGAAAUCCUCAUGGAUCUUAUCUGAUGGAGUCAGGAACUGGACUUUCAGUUGAUUCUCAGCAGCCAUUUGCCAGUUUGGACACGCGCAUCUGCUCCGUUGCUUUAUUGCUCCAAAUGUUCGACAUAAUUAAGGAACAAAUCACUUUUUCUUUUUUUCUUCUUUUUUUUUAAUAAACGGGACUGAGUCGAAGUUAAUUCGAGGCAGACAAUGCGAGCAUUAGUUUUUCAUGUAAGUGGUCAAACCGACAGCGCGCUAAUCCUCCGUGCUACUCACUGGAUGAAGCCAAACCAGUGGAAACGGUCAAGUAUGCCUCUGGAAACUCUACUUUUCUAUGUGUUUUAUGUUUAGAAUUUUAUUUCUGAAAUGUUUUCUUUAUUUCUUAUUUUUUAUUGAGAUUGUAUCCUUUUUUUUUCCAUACAUUUUUUUGGGGUUUUAUUAUUGAUGUCGUUGUUUUACGAGGAGACAAUAAAAUGAUGGCUUGUGUACAUCA